AUGGUAGAAGCCGAAGGCAAUCCCACGACGUGGAAAUUCACCCAGUGCUUCGGCGACAAAGGCGAUGUUGAAGACAUAACCGAAGCGAGCGCAGCCGACAUCAUCUCAACCGUCGAGUUCGACCAGACGGGCAACUACCUUGCAACCGGUGACAAGGGCGGUCGUGUGGUUUUGUUCGAGAGGAACGAGACGAAAAAAACCUGCGAAUACAAGUUCCACACCGAGUUCCAAUCGCACGAGCCUGAAUUCGAUUACCUGAAAUCUCUCGAGAUCGAAGAGAAGAUCAACAAGAUCAAGUGGUGCCGCCGGCAAAACGCUUCACACUAUCUGCUCUCCACAAACGACAAGACAAUCAAGCUAUGGAAGGUAUUUGAAAAGUCGCUGAAAGUGGUGGCGGAGAACAACCUGUCACACGAGUUGACACCUGGAGGUGGGGUUGCUGGUGGAGGCGGUCCCGUUAGGAACCCGAAUGCACAGUUCCGCAGCGCCACCGAUCUGAAGCUCCCACGGCUCACACAUCACGACACAGUUGUCGCCGCAGUACCGCGAAAGACGUAUGCCAACGCACACGCCUACCACAUCAACAGCAUAUCAGUCAACAGCGAUGGCGAAACGUUCAUUAGUAGCGAUGAUUUGCGAAUCAACCUCUGGAACCUGAACAUCCAAGACCAGAGCUUCAACAUCGUCGACAUCAAGCCCGCCAAUAUGGAGGAGCUGACGGAGGUCAUCACUGCUGCCGAGUUUCACCCUAUCAGCUGCAACUGGUUCAUGUAUGCAAGCUCUAAGGGUACCAUCAAGCUGGCCGACAUGCGCGAGAGUGCUCUGUGCGACCAGCAUGCAAAGCAGUUCGAGCAAGAAGAAGAUCCAUCUUCGCGAUCGUUCUUCUCUGAGAUCAUCUCAUCCAUCUCCGACGUCCGGUUUUCACACGAUGGAAGAUACAUUCUGUCACGCGACUACUUGACUGUCAAGAUCUGGGACGUAAACAUGGAAAAGACUCCGGUCAAGACCAUCCCAAUCCAUGAACAUCUACGACCGAGACUCUGCGACACCUACGAGAACGACAGCAUUUUCGACAAGUUUGAGGUUGUUUUCUCUGGGGAUGCGAAGAAUGUCAUGACUGGUAGCUACAACAACAACUUCAUGAUAUACCCGUCCGAUAACGACAAAGACACCGAGGUAGUUUUGCAGGCCGACAAGUCUGCAUUCAAGGCGAAGAAGGUUGGUAUCCCAACACCCAUGAACUCGUCGACAAGCCCGACAGGCAGCAACACAAGUAAGAAAGGUGGCUCAAGGGCCGGCAGCCCUGCUGCUGGUGCAGUCGGACAGGGCCAACGCAUGAGGAAGGAGACGGACGCAGAUCAGAUCGACUUCAACAAGAAGAUCUUACAUAUGAGCUGGCAUCCAUUCGAAGACAGCAUCGCUAUAGCAGCAACAAACAACCUUUUCGUCUUCUCCGCAUUGUAG